UUAGAGAGCAAAUGCAUUAGCGCCGUUGCACCGGGGGCCAACACUUCAAAGCUAAACCAGAGACGAAGAACAAAGGGAGAACGCAUCGGAAAUCAUCCCGAAGUGGACAAGUUUUUUUAUUUUCGGGGGUGACGUGCGCGUUGGCUGUGCUGUGAUUCUGCACCCCGUGUGGGUGUCGUUCUUCGGAUACUCAAAGACCUGCUCUUGAGGAGAGUCGAGUCGUUCAGUUUGUGGGGGUUCCUGUCUAAUUGGAGUCGUUUAAUUCAGGGAGCCGGAAAGAGUACGUGAGGGAGCGAGAGCACGAACGUGCAGGAGAGCAGAGGAUCGGGUCUUGCUCCGAAACUACCCCGAGGUCACGUAUAAGAACCUUUGAGCGUUCAACAGCAGGUCGAGAUGAAGGAAAAGAGCAAGAACGCGGCGAGGUCGAGGCGCGAGAAGGAGAACACCGAGUUCACGGAGCUGGCGAAACUUCUUCCACUUCCGGCCGCCAUCACUUCUCAACUGGACAAGGCUUCAGUCAUCAGGUUGACCACGUCUUAUCUGAAGAUGAGGCAGGUCUUCCCAGAUGUUUUGUGUUCAGGUUUGGGAGAUGCGUGGGGUGCUCCUCAGCAGAGCAACAAUCCCAGGGAGUAUCCGAUCAAGGAGCUCGGAUCGUACCUUCUGCAGACCUUAGAUGGUUUCAUCUUCGUCGUCGCACCAGACGGCAAGAUCAUGUAUAUCUCGGAGACAGCUUCCGUCCAUCUAGGACUCUCUCAGGUCGAACUCACCGGAAAUAGCAUCUACGAAUACAUCCAUCCAGCAGAUCAUGAAGAGAUGAACGCAGUCCUGAGUCCGAGUAGUACCUCGGCUUCUGGACCGCACAAAGACUUCGAAGAUUACCGAGCUUUCUUCAUACGCAUGAAAUGCGUUCUAGCCAAGAGGAACGCAGGACUUACGAAUGGUGGUUACAAGGUCAUCCACUGCUCCGGAUAUUUGAAAGUCAAACAGACUUCUCCGUACGAGAAUUUCUACCAGAACAUGGGCCUCGUCGCCGUCGGACAUUCGCUGCCUCCUAGCGCCAUCACGGAAAUCAAGCUGCACAGAAACAUGUUCAUGUUUCGAGCUAGUUUGGACAUGAAGCUAAUCUUUUUAGACGCUAGAGUUGCGCAAUUGACGGGUCACGAGCCUCAAGAUCUCAUCGAGAAAACCCUUUACCAGUACGUUCCACCCGCAGACGCUCCAGUGUUAAGAUUCGCUCAUCAACAACUGUUGUUCAAGGGACAGGUGACCACCAAGUAUUAUAGAUUCUUCGCGAAAGGAGGAGGCUGGGUUUGGUUGCAGAGUUACGCGACGAUAGUGCACAACUCGAGGAGUUCCAGGCCGCACUGCAUAGUCUCAGUGAACUUUGUUCUAACGGAAGUCGAGUUUAAGCAACUGCUCCUGAAUAGCACGCAGGGAGUGCCUAGGGAGGAGGAGAGUUCGCCCACCGAGGAGAAGCCGAUUUCUCCUAAGGCGAAUCCACCGAAGUAUCAGAGAACCAACAACGUGCAUCCGGCUAUAAUAACGCCUCCAGGCUCUUCCAUUCCUGACGACGAGUUUAGUGAUUCGAACGGUGGCGGAGCGCCGAUGGCGUAUCAACCUCAAGACUACCAGUUCAUCAACUACUCGGACGACUACCAUUAUCAGCACCAGCAUCAGCAGGAAAUCUAUUACCCAUACUCUGACUCGGAGAUGACCAUGAAUCCGAUUGGGAACAGCCACCACCAUCAUCACCAUCACCACAACCAGCAGCACCAGCAACAUCAACAGCAGCAUCAAAGGCCGUAUAGCGCCAGCUCGAAUAGCAGCAGCAGCCCCGAAAGUGAACAACUCCUAGGGAAUCCCUACUGCGCGGAAGAUCCUCUCCACCAGACACAAAAUAACUUCGGAUUCGGUGGUGGCGGCGGUGCUAACCCUCCUGCAGGUGGUCAAAACUUCUACAACGAAUUCUCACAGAUGCGUCAAAUUCCAGCCGCGAGCUACACAAGCGUCAUCGUCGAACCGCAGCAGUACUUGCCGAACGGUUACGUGCACUAGCAUUAACCGAAAUUAAGUCUGUAAAUUAUUGUACAUAGAGACGGACGGGUGAUAAAGCUCUUUGGGCUUCCGUUGAUCGAGAACGAGUAAUUCCACAUGAAGAGGAAGCAAAUAAAAUAAACCCGAGUGACGGUGCCAUAUUUAUUAUACAUAUAUAUACAUAUACAUAUAUAUAUUUUUAUUAUUAUAAUUCUUAAUGUUAAGAAACUACAUUAUUUUCUCAUGUUUUGAAUUGUAGCUACGACAAUAAUUUGAGACUGUGAAUAACAUAUUUUGUACAUAUUAACUUAGUUAGACCGUGGAGAGGAGGAGUGCAAGUUAUUUAUAAUCUAGCAUGUAAGUUGGACGUUUUCGAGAUGAAUGGGAAACGAAAUUAUGAAUCCAUCAUCAGUAAUGAUGAUAAUGAUAUCACGACUCAAGGAUGAGAGAAAGAGA